AGAAAUGCUUGCCAGAUGUGUACCUUCGUUUUUCGUGAAAUUAUUUUCUACGAUUUUGAGGUGAUAUAGAAAUAUGGGAAAGUUAAUCCUACCCUGAGUUUGGUAGCUGUCUGAAAGGAAGAAACGGCUGCAGGAUGGCUGACCUUGAGGCCGUGUUGGCUGAUGUCAGCUACCUGAUGGCGAUGGAGAAGAGUAAAUCUACUCCAGCUGCCCGAGCAAGCAAGAAAAUCGUUCUUCCGGAUCCCAGCGUGAGAAGCUUCAUGCGUAGGUAUCUCGAAAAGAUGGGAGAAGUCAAGUUCGAGAAAAUCUUCAAUCAACGCCUCGGCUACCUGUUGUUCAAAGAAUUCUGUGAGCAAGCUUGCGGGGACAACGUGCCAGCGUUGAAGUUCCACGAAGAUAUAAAGCGAUUCGAGAAGAUCAAGAGUUGCGAGGAGCGCAAGAAACUCGCGCGGGAAAUAUACGAUAACUACAUUAUGAAGGAAUUGCUCUCGAAUUCCUACACCUAUUCUAAAGAGGCCGUCAGUCAUGUGCAGAGGUGUCUGACGCGGAACGAAACCCCUCCGAAUCUUUUUGAGGUAAAAUCUGUGGAACCUCAACAAUUUGCACUGAGUUUUUCGUGGUUCUUACAGCCUUAUCUGGAAGAAGUCAUGCAGCAUUUGCGGGAGUUUUUUCCUAAGUUCGUUGAAAGUGAUAAGUUCACGCGGUUUUGCCAAUGGAAAAACCUGGAGCUGAACAUUCAGAAACAGUUGACGAUGAAUGACUUCAGCGUGCAUCGCAUCAUUGGACGGGGAGGGUUUGGUGAGGUGUACGGGUGUCGAAAGGCGGAUACUGGGAAAAUGUAUGCAAUGAAGUGUCUUGACAAGAAACGCAUUAAAAUGAAACAGGGUGAGACACUGGCGCUGAAUGAGCGUAUCAUGCUGUGUCUAGUCAGCACCGGCACAGACUGUCCAUUUAUUGUUUGCAUGACUUACGCGUUCCACACGCCGGACAAGCUGUGUUUCAUUCUCGAUUUGAUGAAUGGGGGUGAUCUUCACUAUCACCUUUCGCAGCACGGAGUUUUCAACGAACAGGAGAUGAAGUUCUACGCUGCUGAAGUUAUUUUGGGACUGGAGCACAUGCACCGUCGGUACAUCGUGUACCGAGAUCUAAAGCCGGCAAACAUCCUUCUGGAUGAGCACGGACAUAUACGCAUCUCUGACCUGGGGCUGGCGUGUGAUUUUUCGAAGAAAAAGCCUCAUGCGUCCGUCGGCACCCAUGGGUACAUGGCGCCCGAAGUGCUUUCCAAAGGCACUGCCUAUGACUCCAGUGCCGACUGGUUCUCGUUCGGCUGCAUGCUCUACAAACUGCUCAAGGGCCACUCUCCGUUCCGCCAACACAAGACCAAGGAUAAGCACGAAAUCGACCGAAUGACUCUUACAAUGAAUGUUGAGCUGCCAGACUCGUUCAGCUUGGAGCUGAAAGAUCUGCUUGAGUGCCUCCUGCAACGGGACAUUGAGAACCGACUCGGGUGCCGUGGGAGAGGUGCGGAGGAAGUGAAGGACCAUGCUUUUUUCAAAGCUAUCGACUGGCAGGUGGUUUCACACCAAAAGUACCCUCCGCCACUCACUCCCCCACGCGGGGAGGUGAAUGCUGCAGACGCCUUCGACAUCGGCUCCUUCGACGAGGAAGACACCAAAGGGAUUAAGUUGACGGAGAACGAUCAAGAGCUGUACAAGGACUUUCCUCUUGUCAUCUCGGAGCGUUGGCAGGCUGAGGUGGCGGAGACUGUGUUUGACGCCAUCAAUGCCGAGGCAGACAGCAAGGAGCAGAAACGGCGCGCCAAACACAAGCUCAUGUUUGUUCAGGAUGAGAAAGGCGAGCCAUCGAAAUUGGGAGACGUUGGUGAGUCCGACUGCAUAUUGCACGGGUACAUCAAGAAGCUGGGCGGGCCGUUCGGGGCGUGGCAGACGCGGUAUGUGAAGCUGUAUCCGAACCGCAUCGAGCUGCACACGGAAGGCGGGAAGCCGGACUUGAUUUUCAUGGACAAUAUUGAGGAGGUGAGCCCGGAUCUGGUUGCCAUCAAGGGGGAGCAGUGCAUAGUGCUGCGGCCGAGGGACGGACGCGUCGUUCUCACCAACUCUGACGACAUUGGGCUGAAGGAGUGGCUCGAGGCGGUGAAGACGGCGCACACGUGUUCUGUGAAGCUCCUGUCCAACAUGGCCAAGAAGGCGGGCAAGAUUUACGGAUCUGGGAUCGACGUAAGCGCGCCGCCGGGCAAGUCUGGUGGCCAUCAUGUGUCUUCAGGCGGGAGUGCAACAGUGACAGGAGGUGGUGGCGCCUCGGCCACUACGACGACCUACAUGCCUGCUGCUGCUGCUGCUGCGUCAUCCGCUAGUGCGGCGGAGGCGGCGUUCUCCUCUUCCUCGUCUUUUUCUUUUGGCUCUAACGGUAACUGAGUUUCGCCCGCCGUGGGUGUUCGUCUUCUCCACCGCCCAUCCCACGUGCUACUACUACUUGUCAUCCGAUCGGUGUCCUCCUUCCCACCAAAACCAAUCCUUGCAGUGUUAUCUGCUAUUUUUGUGAUAAUGCCAACGCUGUUGAAGACGCGAUUAUUUGACCGGGGAUUUUUUCUUCCUUACUUCCUUCUGUUGGGAGCAGUAUGAAAACUCAAAUGUUUUCAAGUCCCUGUCCGCUUACCUACAUUCACCCCUUCUUGUGCUUGUUUGGUUUCGAAUCAUUCCACAUCUGUUUUGGUUUGAUUUCGGCGAGAAUAUUGGAAAUAUUUCAGUGAUGAAGUCAGCGGGCGACCGAGUCAUGCUAUGGCUUCUCAUCACUUUCGUUCAAAUUAAUAUGAGGAAAGGCAUUAGUUGGCCGAUCAUUCAUUGAUUGGUCCUAGUACCUCAACGGUUUUUCUAGGAACUGCAACUUUUCCUGCUUUCAUUUGCGCAAGUGUUCAGCUCAAAAGUGCAUUUAUGGAAGCUGUCUGGAAUGUGGAGGGCAGAAUUGAUGGUUUUACAAUGAUCGGCUGUAUUUUUGUGCUGUUUCAAGCAUUUUGCUGAACUCGUCAAAGCCGGAUUGAACCGAAAUUUCUCAGUUCUUGAACGGACUCCCUGUUGAGCGGCUUUUGACGAUUUUCAUUCCUCAUUCGUUCCUAUUGAGCUGACGUUUUGGAAAGGCAAAAAUGCUUGGAGCAGCUACGUAAAUUGUUUUGUAGGAAACUUGGCUUCGUAAAUGGGGUGCAAUGAGCAAGAAAAAAAGGGGGGGGGGGGCAGAAGCGAGAGAGGAAGUGGCUGAAAAUAUAGUAGACCUGUGCGUGUAAGGAAGGAUUCAUUUGCCAAGUUUUUGAAGACGUUUUUGUGUUUGUACGGCCAUUGCCUACACCUACUUCGAUUGCUUCAAAUUGCUACCAUCACUGAAAUGUCUGCUAAAGCCGCCAAAAUUGUCAUGAGUAUGUCAAAUAUUGUCAUGGGUGUGUAAAAGAGUUUGCUCCUGCAAUGUUUAAAA